CCAAUAUCAUAAAAAAGUUUUUGUUUCUUAUUUGUUUUUGAUUUCAGCACUCUAUAUCCAUUUUAAUACUUGAAAAUGAAGACCAAUAUCAAAUAAGAAUUUUAAUUUCAUCAAUGUUUUUGAUUUCAGCAGUCUACACAUCUGGAUAUAUUAAAGUUGAGUCAGGGGAAUAUCAAAACUCUACAAACACCAAUAUCAGAUUCAACAAGGAACCAUAUGAAAGUAUUUAUGAAAGACAUGAAAGUGCUAAGCAGAGAAAAACAAAGUGGUCAUGUGAUAUCUGCGGAAAAAAGUUUAUUUCGAUCACCCAUCUAAAUAAUCACAAAAAUGUUCACACUGGUGAGAAACCGUUCAAAUGCCCACUGUGUCUAAAAGGAUUCACACAAACUUCAAGCUUGAAUUUACAUCAGCGGAGAGUGCAUCAAUUAAAUGUGGACAUAGUAAAGAGAGGAAACAAUUGUAGAAAACAAGAUUAGAAGGUACAUUAAGUUAAUCAAUAGGAUAAGAAUAUAUACAGGGUGUCCAUAAAGUAUCUUUACAAAUACAAUACAAAGUUGAUAUUAAGUGAUAAAAAACUUUAUGGACACCCUGUGUGUUUAUAUUUAUCAUAUUUGGCUAUAUUAGUAACUUUCUGCCUUCACAUAUA